GUGGGCGGAGCUCCGGCUGACUGGGGAAAUGUCAGCCGCUUGACUGCGGAGGGGUUCUCGUCUCUCUGGAACCUGUAGGCCUUGGGUUGACUGUCACCGCGAACGCCUCAGGGCGUGGGUCUCUAACCCUGGCCAGCUGCGGCGGACGCGGUUUCCCAGUCCCUUCCAGACGCUGUCUGGCGAGAUCGGACGUGAACAGAGAUGGUCCAGACUCUACAUGAAUAACCUGGGUCAGACAGAGUGAACAUUCAAUAAUGAGUGGUGCAGCAUUGGGACUUGAGAUUGUUUUUGUUUUUUUUCUGGCAUUAUUCCUACUUCAUCGAUAUGGAGACUUUAAGAAACAACAUAGACUUGUAAUUAUCGGAACACUGCUUGCUUGGUAUCUCUGCUUUCUUAUUGUCUUCAUCUUGCCGUUGGAUGUUAGUACGACAAUAUACAACCGGUGCCGGCAUGCUGCUGCAAACUCAAGCCCUCCUGAGAGUAGCAAUGUUACAGGGUCCUAUGCAACUGUCACACCAGCUACAAGACAACACCCAUGUUUCAAACCAUGGAGUUAUAUCCCUGAUGGAAUCAUGCCAAUUUUCUGGAGGGUAGUAUAUUGGACAUCACAAUUUUUAACUUGGAUUCUAUUACCCUUUAUGCAGUCAUAUGCAAGAUCUGGAGGAUUUUCCAUUACAGGAAAGAUAAAAACUGCAUUGAUUGAGAAUGCAAUCUACUAUGGCACCUAUUUGCUGAUUUUUGGAGCAUUCUUAAUAUAUGUAGCUGUAAACCCACGUUUGCAUUUAGAAUGGAACCAACUCCAGACAAUUGGGAUAGCUGCUGCCAAUACAUGGGGUCUUUUUCUUCUUGUGCUGUUGUUGGGAUAUGGGUUGGUAGAAAUUCCUCGGUCGUACUGGAAUGGAGCCAAAAGGGGUUAUCUGCUUAUGAAGACUUAUUUUAAGGCAGCCAAACUGAUGACAGAGAAAGCAGAUGCUGAAGAGAAUUUAGAAGAUGUUAUGGAGGAAGUUCGUAAAGUAAAUGAAAGCAUCAAAUAUAACCACCCAUUGAGAAAGUGUGUUGACACCAUACUUAAAAAGUGUCCUACAGAGUAUCAAGAAAAAAUGGGUAGGAACAUGGAUGAUUAUGAAGAUUUUGAUGAAAAGCGCAAUACCUACCCAAGUGAAAAAAGCCUAGUGAAACUACAUAAACAGGUGAUUUAUUCAGUGCAGAGGCACCGUCGGACUCAAGUGCAAUGGCAAAUUCUUUUGGAACAAGCAUUUUACCUGGAGGAUGUAGCAAAAAAUGAAACUAGUGCCACUCAUCAGUUUGUUCACACAUUUCAAUCCCCAGAGCCAGAAAAUCGGUUUAUCCAGUAUUUGUAUAAUCCUACAGUUGAGUGGUACUGGGAAUGUCUUUUGAGGCCAUGGUUUUAUAGGAUACUUGCUGUGGUGUUAUCCAUCUUCUCUGUGAUUGUUGUGUGGUCAGAGUGCACAUUCUUUAGCACUACUCCUGUCUUAUCCCUGUUUGCAGUCUUCAUACAACUGGCAGAAAAAACAUACAAUUAUAUUUAUAUUGAGAUUGCUUGCUUCCUUUCCAUCUUCUUUCUAAGCAUCUGUGUUUAUUCUACUGUAUUCAGAAUUCGUGUGUUUAACUAUUACUACUUGGCUUCUCAUCACCAGACUGAUGCAUACAGUCUUCUUUUCAGUGGCAUGUUGUUUUGCCGUUUGACUCCUCCAUUAUGUCUUAAUUUCUUGGGUUUGACCCAUAUGGAUUCGUCUAUCUCUCAUCAGAAUACUCAGCCAACUGCUUAUACAUCUAUUAUGGGUUCCAUGAAAGUUUUAUCCUUUAUUGCAGAUGGAUUCUAUAUAUAUUACCCUAUGUUGGUGGUAAUCCUCUGCAUUGCUACUUAUUUUAGUUUAGGAACUCGCUGCUUGAAUCUGCUUGGUUUCCAGCAGUUCAUGGGAGAUAAUGACAUGACAUCAGACUUAGUUGAUGAAGGAAAGGAAUUAAUCAGACGAGAGAAGAGAAAAAGGCAAAGACAAGAAGAAGGUGAAAAUCGAAGAAGAGAAUGGAAAGAACGAUAUGGACAUAAUAGAGAAGAUUCUACCAGAAAUAGAAAUGUUCAUCCUGAUCCCAAAGAGUCCAAUUUCUCAGAUAGUAAUACCAAUUGGUCCUCCAAGUAUACCAGAGCUAAUAACAGGACUGAAAGGGACCGAAUAGAACUUCUUCAAGAUGCAGAACCUUUGGAUUUUAAUGCAGAAACAUUCACUGAUGAUCCUCUUGAAUCUGAAUCAGGAAGGUAUCAGUGUGGUGGUCGAUAUCUCUCAAUGUCUUCCAGUGUAAUAUUUGAAGAUAUCUAAAAUCAG